AUGUCCAAGCCAUUCCAACCUAUCAGCGAAGUACUCAAAGACAAGCAUAAGGAACAGUCGUUUGAAGAUAUCUACGGCGAGCCAGAGAAUUUCCUUGAAGUCGAAGUACGCAAUCCUCAGACCCACUACGGAAGAGAACCUUACACAGAUUACGAGAUCGUAUGUCGAACGAAUAUCCCUGCUUUUAGAAAAAGACAAUCCAGAGUCAGAAGACGGUACAGCGACUUUGUCACGUUCCGGAAGAUCCUUGAACUGGAGACACUGAGAGUUGUAAUUCCGCCUUUGCCAGGGAAGAUCUUGUUUAACCUGAAUCGUUUCAAUGAUGUCAAUAUCGAAAGCAGAAGACAAGGGCUUGAAAAGUUCUUGAUUGUGGUCAGCGGCCACCCGAUUCUCCAGACCAAGUCCACCACUCUACGUGAUUUCAUCCAGAGCGAUCGCUGGGAGCCACGGUACCCGCUUGAACCACGUGAACUUCUCUCAUAG